AUAUCAAAAAUCAUGACAUCACGAAUUUAAAUGUGGAAAACAAAUCUGAAAAUAUCAUAAUAACGUUAUUUUGACUACAAUCCAUACCUUAGACGGCACUGGUUGAAGUAUAGUAAUAUAAAUUCAGGAACGCUAUGACGAUUGGUGUGAAUCAUUGUCGUAUAAAAGCGGCGACCGGUUUAUUUUGGGUGGAUCAGAUUUAUUUUUCAUUUGAUAAAUUAUGGUUUAUCAAAUAUUUUAAAAGUAUUCAUAAUAAUUAGCAACCCUGAGAUUAAAUAUAAUCUAGACUACAGGAUGAGUAUUAAACUUAUAAACAGUAAAAGUCAAGAUUCAAAAAUAUUCUUAUUUCAGUCGCGCUCAUUUCAACACGUCAAGGGUGGGGAAUCUAUUUAUAAAACGGGGAUGGUCCACGCGACGCCCACGUUGACUGUGGACACGUAACAAUAAUUUAUUAAAAUAAUCAUAAUAAGCAGCACGACAAGAUACCAUUUUUAUCCUUUAGGUUAAUCAUCAUUUUCUUCAUUUUUUGUUUGUUACUAAAAGUAGGUGCAGAUAUGUCUUUUCGUGUGGUGCGCAGCAGCAAGUUCCGCCACGUGUACGGAACGGCUUUAAAACGUGAACAAUGUUACGAUAAUAUAAGAGUGUCUAAAUCUUCAUGGGAUUCAACUUUCUGUGCUGUAAAUCCCAAAUUCCUCGCUAUCAUCGUAGAAUCUGCAGGCGGUGGUGCUUUUAUAGUCUUGCCGCAUAACAAAGUAGGCCGAAUACCAGCUGAUUAUCCUUUAGUUGGUGGACAUAAAGGUCCUGUCUUAGACAUUGCAUGGUGUCCUCACAAUGAUAAUGUCAUAGCAUCUGGUUCAGAAGAUUGUGUAGUUAAAGUAUGGCAAAUACCUGAUGGAGGUAUUUCUAGGACAUUAACUGAAUCUGUGGUAGAUCUUCAGUUACAUCAACGUAGAGUUGGUCUUGUAUUAUGGCAUCCAUCAGCAUUGAAUAUAUUGCUCACAGCUGGAUCAGACAAUCUUGUAUUGAUUUGGAAUGUAGGCACAGGAGAAGCUAUAGUACGAAUAGAUUGUCAUCCAGAUAUGAUUUACUCUGCAUGUUGGAAUUGGGAUGGAUCCAAAGUAGUUACUACUUGUAAAGAUAAAAAAAUUAGAAUCUUAGAUCCAAGAAAUGGAGAAAUAUUAGAGGAAGCUAUUGCACAUGAAGGUAGUAAAGCUACACGUGCAAUCUUUCUAAGGGGAGGCUUGAUCUUUACCACAGGUUUCAGUAAAAUGUCUGAAAGGCAAUAUUCUCUGCGUGCUCCAGAUAUGUUAGGUGAACCUAUAGUAAUGGUAGAAUUGGAUACAAGUAAUGGAGUUAUGUUUCCUUUAUAUGAUCCCGACACAAAUUUAGUGUAUUUAUGUGGAAAGGGUGAUUCUGUAAUUCGAUAUUUUGAAAUUACCCCUGAACCUCCUUUUGUUCAUUAUAUCAAUACAUUUCAAACUCCUGAUCCUCAACGAGGUAUAGGAAUGAUGCCAAAACGAGGCUGUGAUGUUAAUAGCUGUGAAAUAACUAGAUUUUACCGGCUCAACAAUUCAGGUUUUUGCCAGGUUAUAUCUAUGACUGUACCAAGAAAGUCUGAAUUAUUUCAAGAAGAUUUAUAUCCUGAUACUCCUGGUGAUACUGCUGCAAUUUCUGCUGAAGAAUGGGAAAAUGGAAUGGAUGCAGAUCCUAUUUUAAUUUCUUUAAGAGAUGGCUAUCAACCCUCAGUUGCUAAGAAUGAGUUAAAAAUACAUAAGAAAUCAAAUAUAUUAAGUAAAGGAGCAAAAGUUGCUUCUUCGAAUUCUGCACAAAAUGCUAUACAAUCUUCAGCAGGCAUCACUGAGGAGCUUUUAAAAGAAUUUACGGAAGAAAUAAGAAAACUUAAAGCGGUAAUAGUAAAACAUGAAGGUAGAAUACGGGUGCUUGAAUCUGCAGUUGCUCUUCAUAUGAAAGAAGAUGAAAAAAAAGAAAAGUCAUCUUCGCCUACUGAUAGAGAGGUGCUUGCAUCGGACGAGGUGUAAUUCUUAACUUGCGUUUUAAGAUCACGAUACAAAAAAAAAAUAUAAUUGUGUAAUAAAAAUGGUCAUAUAUUUUGAUAUAACAAUUUGUGUAAAUAGUAGGUUUUAGCUAUUGUGUGUUCUGAUCUUUUUUUUUUUUUUUU